AUGCAGGAUCCUUACACCAACAAGAGCGAGAACUGCGACCGAACUUGGUUGGAGCGGCCUCCUGCCAAAGAGCGCGAGAUUGCUUUGGGCUUCUUUCCUGACUGCCCAAGGGCUCAGCAGCCAAACCAGGGCUGCCAGGCCAACAGCCUCCUGCGCUCGGCUGUGCGUGCCGGCGACGUCGUGCGAGUGCGAGAGUUGCUUCGUGACAGCACGCCGGCAGAUGCGAACUCCUGGGAUGAGUUCGGCCGGCGGCCACUGCACGAUCUGUGCGAGACUGCUGCGACAGGCCGGGGCCAAUUGGGCACACUCCGCCUUGCUGCUGAGCUCAUGUUGGCACACGGCGAUCCUCGUGCCCAAGACAAGGCUGGCAAAGCUGCCCUUGACCAUGCAAGGAGCUCCAAGGCUGAGCUGGGCUCGAUUGAGUCGACGACCUCCUUGGCGCGGAAGCCCUUCCUGCGAGAGCUGACUGCACUGCUGGCAGCAUGCUCUUUGCAAGGUGUCACUGAGGAUGGAUUUGCAGACCCCGCUGGACUGUUCCGUGCCUUGGAAUAUCUCGGCGAGCCACUGCGCAGCCAGAUCGCCCUAGGAGUUCUUGGACUGGCAGCGCUCCGACCCAUUGGCCCUGCAGAGAUGAAGUGGCGCAAUCCCGGUCCUGGAUUGGAAGAGCAGCUGGCUGCACUUGAUGACGAGCUGGCAGCUGUGAAGCGUUUGAAGGAAACUUCGCAGAGACGCCGGGCUCUCAGACGCUUGCUCUUCGAAUGGCACCCUGACAAGAACGGCCAUCGACAUGAGCUUGCCAAAGCUGCAUUCCAACAUAUUCAAAUGCAGAAAGCCGAUAUCCUGGAAAAGGGACAGGCAAAGAAAGGCUAG